CGGAGAACGGCCAUCAUGGACACCAAGCUAGCCAAACCAAUCUCCACUUGUGCUCGGUGUCGGGCCAAAAAGAUCAAGUGUGACGGAGAGCAGCCGUGUGGGCCCUGUUCUCGAGCAAGAAUCGAGGUUGAUUGCAACUAUACCGUUGUGCCGAAUCUAUCCCAUGGACCAGAACUGCGCAAAGGAGCUGCUUGUACUGCUUGCAGACGGAAAAAGAAGAAAUGCAGUGGGGACUGGCCAUGUAGGACGUGUGUUGCGUCGAAGAAGGAGGAUGAAUGUAAAUUCAACGACAACAGCCAGAUGAGCUUCACUCGUGCCUUGAUUGAACGGACACUCGAGCUUGAGCAACUACUUGCUCAGGCCAAGACAGCACCACAGCCUGAAUCAACCUACCCCCAGGGGACCUCAGUCCAACUAGACGAGAUGUUUGCAGCACAUUCUCCGCCUCCCCCAACUUCACGGAUGUAUUUCGAUGCCCGUAACAUUUCCACGCCCAGCGCAGUUGGACCACCACCCGUCUACAUGGCAGACGACUCAGAGCUUGACUAUUCAUACCAAGCGAUUUCCCCCUCCACAUCCCUCCCACCAGCUUCGGAAACCCUCGAAGAGAAGAUGCUGCGUUUACGAAAAAAAUUCCUGGCCAAGCGACUUCAGUUCGGCUUUGUGCUCCCAGCCCAUAAGUUCCAGGCAAUCGUUCAUGGAGACUUGUCUGGAACCGUUGUUCACCCAGUGCUUGUGCAUCUUUGUCAUCUUUGGGGUGCAAUGCUCGACUACUGUGAAACUCAUCAAACAUGGACGUAUGCUACUGACAGAAAUGGUGACGAAGUCAUGCAUAUGCGACUGGUGCUCGGUGGUAUCGAGGGCAUGUUGGGGCCACCUCCGGACCUAUCGACGCGUGUUCUGGUCCAUCUCAGCCUAUCACUUUACUUCUUUCACAAGCAAGAUUUCCAGCGCGGACAAGAAUUCCUCAGCAUCGCAGGGCAGGCAGCGUUGGAAAACGACAUGGACCUCGCAGUGCUAAACAGUACUCCCAUCAACGAUGGAAAUAGUGGGUCGGGCAUGUACUCGUUGCUCCCGAUUACAGAGGCGGACGAGCUUAGAUCGGUGUUUUCGAAGCUCAUUUGGGUCGGUUUGAGCUCAAAGAUAGUGAUCGGAACCCCCUACGACAUUGACCAGCGACUAGUAUCGUCGUUUGAGCGUCUACUGCCCUCGAAACUACCCAACAAUGCUGACAUCAAUUUUCAACGGGCGAAGAGCAAUCUCCUUCUGAGAAGAACGAGGCAGUUAACGACGAGUUGGAGUAAUUCCCAAGCAACGCCUACCGCGUGGUUUGAUGAAUACUGGCGACUCAUCGAACAACUACACGGCUAUCUGGGUUUCCUGAACCCAGUUCAGAUUCGGGUGUCGUUCAUGCCCGAGUCGCAUACGACGGACAUUGUUCUCAAGCUUUGCUUGACAAUGGCUCUGACGAGCCUGGCGGACCUUUAUGGCGUUUUCGCGCCAAAUCAUCCGGAGUCCUCCUCGAGGUACCGCGAUGCUGUGUUGGAGAUUGUAAGCAUCAGCAGUACCUUCACACUGGAGGACUGCUAUCACCUCGAUCCCAUUCUUCCAGUUUGCUGGGCUGUCGCAACGAAGCGGAUUCUAGAUAACACCGUCGUUUAUGAGAACCAGCAAUCCUUGAUCGAGGCGAUCCGGAGUUGCAACCAGAAUCUAGUCCGAUAUGUUCCAUUAGUGGCAGAUUUUGAGGCAAACUUACAUAUUCGUUGA